AAGGGGUAGCGAGAAUUGCAGAAUCUAGGGGAAACGCCUCUAUUAUCAGUGUUUUUCAGGCGUUGUUUUCACCUAACCCUCCAUUCGCCGAUCCUUCUAGUUAGGGUUUUUCGCUCUCAGCGAAGAACGGUGUAUAUAGGAUCCUAUCCCUCCGAUGCACUGGGGAAUUGGAAAUAGAAAGUAAGAAGAAGAAAAAAAAAAUAAGCUAAAAAAAAAAGAGGUGGAAAAUUUAUCUUAGUAAAUAGGUAAUUUGUUGUUUUGCGUGUUUGUGCUCUCAGGAGCAGAGCUGUUACGGGGGAAAAGGAUGUACAGUAUGAACACUAAAUGCAGUGCUGGGGAAUGCUUUUAUUGAUUAACCUCUUAUUCCUUAUCUUAACUUUAUAAUGAUGUGCCCAUUAUCUAUCCUAUGUAUUAGUUCAAUAUUCUCAGAAGUUUUGAAUAUCCAGGGAUUGCCAAAUAUUCUUGAAUCUUGAUGUCACGGUCUUCACCAUUGCCACCACAGUUUCUUUGAAACUGCUCAAGGUCUAGGGUUCUAUUUAACUGCUGCACCUGAGCUUUUAAAUUUAAGCGUGUUUAUAGAUAUUAAUCUAGUUGAUAGAAAUGGAAGCAAAAAGCGCAAAGGCAUUGGAUAGGGUUGGACUCAAUCUGAAGCGCAAGCGAGCGACCCGAUAUGCUGCACUUCUAAGUGGAGCUUCGCAACCAGCGUUAGGUCAUUGGCCAUCAUUUACGUCACCAACAAGCAGGGUUGUGAAACGGAGGAGAUUGGGUGGAUAUAAAAACAAGCUGACAAAUGCUGGUCCUCAUAUUGGACAGUCUUUAGUUAGACGUUUUCUGAAUUAUAAAAAGAGUGGGAGACUGGAGCGUUUGAUGUUCUAUAAGAAUGGUGAAUGGUUGGAUUUUCCUAAGGACGUUGUUGACUUGGUUAAGAAAGAUCUUGAAGUCAAGAAGAAGGUCGCCGUGGAAGUGGAGUUAAAUGGGUAUCAUCUUGUGUUUAAUUUUUUUCAUCUGCAUAAGGUGGACUUGAAAACUGGCUUGCAACAACCUAUAGCUUGGAUUGAUGAAGCGGGGAGCUGCUUUUUCCCUGAAAUCUAUGCUGCUUCUGAUGAAGAACCUUAUGAUUUCGUCAAACAAGAAAGUGGAAAAAGUCAGGAAUCGUAUGAAUCUAAUGAAAUAAAAUUACAUUUAGAAGUUGAAAUAAAUGGAGUGGAUCAAUCCAGGUUGAGUGAGUGUAGUGGAGAGUCCAAUGCUCUAGUUAAGGGUAUUCAAAUUGACACUAAACAAAACUGCUGUCAAUAUGAUGUAGAAGUUGAAGAUAGCAUUAACAAAAAGGACUGUGGAAAUGUUGGGGAAGCUAUUCAGCAAAAUCAAGACAUAGGUUUAGAUGCGUAUACUGAAUUGAUAUAUGGAAAUUUGGAUUUGAAUUCUGUACAAAAGAUGUUUCUUAAGGGAAUGAAUAGUUUUGGCAGUACUGAUUCUGACAUAGUUGAGAUUUCCCACUGCUCAGGUGCGUCAAUGCAAGCACGAUGGGAGCUGUUCCAUAAGCAAGCUGAAAUUACCAAAAAAAUUCAUGGGGAAGCUAACAUUCGAUAUGCUUGGCUUGCUUCUUCUAAAGGAGAACUAUCUACAAUGAUGCAGUAUGGACUUGGUCAUUGUGGACUAUCUAGAUCAAAAUGCACAUAUGGCAUUGGUGUUCAUCUUGCAGCUGAUACCUGCCCUGAUGCCAGUGUGCGUUUUUGUGAUGUUGACGAAAAUGGGGUUCGACACUUGGUCCUUUGCCGCGUAAUAAUGGGAAACAUGGAGAUUCUCCGUCCCGGCAGCAGUCAGUUUCAUCCCAGUAGUUGUGAAUAUGAUAAUGGGGUGGAUGACAUUCAAUGCCCAAAAUGCUAUGUGGUGUGGAAUAUGAACGUGAACACUCACAUCUAUCCAGAAUUCGUACUUAGCUUCAAGGUCUCUUCUGAUGCAGAAGGUCGAUUUUAUGGAAGUGAGGGUAAGAAUGUUUCUGGGAUUAAUACAGCCUGUCACGGUCCUUAUGGCCUGUUACAGUCAGAAUCUUCUACAGUUGAUAAUGUAAAAGCUCCUAGUAUGGUUGCUAGCACUCCAAAAAUUCCAAAAUCCCCUUGGAUGCCUUUUCCUGUGCUUUUUGCUGCUAUCAGGAAUCAGGUUCCUCCCAAGGAUAUGAUUCGUAUCAAAGGACAUUAUGAUCAAUUCAGGUCAAAGCAGAUAUCCCGGGAUGAUUUUGUGAAGAUGCUGAGGUUAAUAGUUGGAGAUGAUCUGUUGAGAGCUACAAUAACAAAUCUUCAAUUCAAGAUACCAUCCAAUGGUGAAUUGAAAGACUCAAACAAGCAGGAAGACUGAGGCCGUAUAAUGUCAUACAGUUUGCUGGAUAAAUCAAAUAGAAGUUGUGAUAUUGUUAUCUCCUAGACACUAUCUUCUUUUUCAUUUCCUUUUGCCUUCUUCAUUUGGACUUAUAUUAGGACUACGUGCAACUGGAAUUUCAUUAGUUUAUUUUGAACCAUCUGUCAAUAGAUGCCCUGUCAAUCCUCUUGUUUUGUAGGGUUUUUUAUAAUAACAACUAAAAAGUUGGAUAUUCCUUUUUUUUUUUUUCACGGCAAAAAGUGUUUACGUUGUAUAAUGAAUCGGUGUAUUGAACGACUUGUGGUGGUAGUGUUUGAAGUAUCUUAUGGAAGGCCUUUGGUAUUUGGAAAA